CAUACAUAGUAAUAAAUAUAUCUAUAUUUUAGGAAUAAGAAGGGUUAGGGCAGUGAAACCAUCAGUUAUGGCCACCGAUUCACCAAGCUCCGUUGCAUUCCGAUUGUCGACCCCAGAAGACAAGGAUGCAGUGCUUAGUAUCCAUGGAAAUGUAUACGAGGGACGUGACUAUCUGCCCGCAUACUAUGACAAAUUCAUGGAGUGCGCAAUGACAAAGUCCUACGUUGCUGUUUUAGAUGGAGAGAUUGUAGGAUUUUGUGCGUCCCUUUUGGUGGAUUCUGGGAAAACAUGUGUUUCCAGAGCGUCCCGUGUUAGUCCUCGCGUCGCCAGCAAGGGAGUGUACACGGCCCUUAAAGCACACGCCUACGCCCAGUCAGGAGCAAUACGUCAAACUUCAGUAGUAGUGGACGCCAACCAGGCUGUGUUGAAACCGACGUUUCAGGUCAAUAAGAAGCUCAUUCUGACGCAUUUAAUGACACGCUACGUGUUUGAUGCUGCUCAGCUGACGUCACUCGACGUGUGUCCAAGUCAAGGCGUGGUCAAUACGCCCAACCAGUCUGCGUUAUUGAGGUAUCUCACUACGCCAGCGGUUUCCAAUUAUCUCUUUCCUGACGAUCGAAUAGUCGUAGACUGGAUUCCGUUCCGACUAAAACCUGAAAACGUGCCAUUACUGACAUGGUCAGGGAGUAAUUGUGCCGGUUUUACAAGUGUACCCGAGGGUGAGUCCCCGAGCGGGUUGUUAUCGUUUGAUACCAUUUUUAAAUCCAUAGAUCCACCAUACGCCUGCAACAUGGAGAUUUACGGCACGGACAUCACGACGCUAAAACACCAUUUAGCAUUCCAUCUUAGGCGUAUAAGAGAGCUGACUAACGGGCCGACAAGCCUAUUGGUUAUCGUCCACCCCGGUUUCAACCACUCCUAUUUAAAGAAGACCUUCAGAGAAUUUGGCUUGGAAACUGAACUAUGGCGAUCUAAAGUCAAUCCAUCAUUAUGCUAUUCGAAACAAUUCGUAUUUGAAAGUUAGAAUGAAUGAACAUCCCAGAAGCCUUUGUGGAAAGUUUCAAUUUGUGCUUCAUAUAUAAACACAGAAACAUGGUUGAACUAUUUUAUCUAAGUGGGCUACGUGAUCGUGGCAUGUGUAAAAUGUAUACGUUGAAAGUGAUUUAUGCGCGAUUGAGCGAGGCUUCAAAACGCGCAAGUGCAUGUUUAACGAGAAUUUUUGCAUAUAUAUUCAUAACCAAACUGCAACACUGACGUGCACGCGUAACUACACGUACAAGUACACGUACGCAUCGUGUUUCACAACCUCUGUAUUAUGAAGGGUUAGGCGUUCAAUAUCAUUAUCUAAAUCGUACACUCACUUCAUGAAACAUCAUUAAGUGGUCAACAUAUUGUUUAGUCCAAUGAGGAAGUAUUUGCCAUUACAUUUAUUUCAAUAAAUCAGAAGUCAGCCGUUAUUGGUUUUAAUCAGGUGAACCGGUAGAUAUAAUCAGCGGCAGGCUCAAUUUUUGUAUGUUCAUUUGUUAAACACCUCGUACCACAUGUAUUAUAUGUGCAGAGUGUACAAUAAGCUUUGAGAGUUUUGCUAGUUUACGCAAUAGCAUGCAGAACACUAAAGUACGUACUAACACAAAAUAACUGGUAUGCGACUGUUUUAAUAAUAUAAAAACCAAUAACAUUGCCUACGACGUAAGGCGUAUAAAGGACAGCCAAAGGCUUUGACAAACUUGUUUAUGGCUGGCUGCCGUGUGGCAAGUAUGCCACGUUUUGACCGGAUCGAUCUGUAUUACUUCAAACUCCAUAUUGCAGACCUUUCUAUAAAGGUAUCAUCCACAUUUUAUAAUGAAAAGAUGAUGAUUAGAUUAAAUAAUAAGAUAAUGAAAUACUAUAAAGUAUGUAAAAAUAUUCUAUGAUUACAUGUGUUGUGAUGAUGAUGAAAAUCAAAUUUUCACAUCAAAGGCUAAUUUAUUGAACACUUACUCCAUUCAUUAGGAUUUAACCAUGCGAGUAUGUACCGAA